UGAUUAGGAUUUAUUUAUAUUAAUAUAUGGGGUAUUAUGAAUCUGGUGGAAGACUUUUUGUCUUUAUGAAAAAAAAAAACACACCACUCUGUUUCUCCUCCUUGGUUGGGAAGAAUUAGCUUUCUGUUGUAAGUCCCUUUUAAAUCCUACUUGGUUGUUGUAUUCUCCAAAGAGACAUAGUUGUUCGAUAAAAACAAAAACAAGUUGCUGCAGUACAAUGGUUUUCCUCGAGAAGAUGGCGUCUGGUUCUGUUAUGUGUCUUGUUUUGGUUGUUGCUCGGAAACUUCAACGGACAAGACUUCAAAUUUGUCCCCCAGCGUAGACUUGGACUUUUGAGUUAGACUUGACCAUAAACGAGAGAUGUCUUGACAACCACUUUUGAGAGAUAUCUUCCAAAUUAUCCAUCUUCCAAGUUUCAGAUUUUCUGAAACUAUGUGGUCAAAUGGCAUCUUUCUCAUUUUUUUUACUUUGUCUCUCUUGUUAGGACAAUCAUGUUGUGAAACAGAUACGCUACUGCAGGGUCAGUACUUGAAAGAUGGGCAAGAGCUCGUUUCAGCUUUCAAUAUCUUCAAACUCAAGUUUUUCAACUUGGAGAAUUCAAGCAACUGGUAUCUUGGAAUUUGGUACAACAAUUUUUAUCUUAGUGGUAAUAAGAAGUAUGGUGAUAUCCAGGAUAAAGCUGUUUGGAUUGCUAACCGUAACAAUCCAAUUUUGGGACGCUCUGGAAGCCUCACAGUGGAUUCUCUUGGCCGAUUGAGGAUUUUAAGGGGAGCAUCAAGCCUGCUUGAGAUAAGCUCUACGGAAACCACAGGAAACACAACCCUUAAGCUGUUGGAUUCUGGAAAUCUUCAGCUCCAAGAGAUGGAUUCUGAUGGAUCGAUGAGGCAGAUUCUGUGGCAAAGUUUUGAUUAUCCAACGGAUACCCUUCUUCCUGGUAUGAAACUUGGUUUCAAUGUUAAGAAUGGGAAGAGAUGGGAACUGACAUCAUGGCUAGGUGAUACUUUACCUGCUUCUGGAUCUCUUGUCUUUGGGAUGGAUGCUAAUAUUACAAACCGGUUGACCAUCUUGUGGCGUGGAAACAUGUAUUGGGCAAGUGGGCUCUGGUUUAAGGGUGGGUUUUCCUUGGAGGUAUUAAAUGAAUAUGGUUUCCUCUUUUCCUUCAUUUCAACCGAGAGUGAACACUAUUUUAUGUAUUCAGAUGAUCACAAAUUUGCUGGAACAUUUUUUCCCGCGAUAAUGAUAGACCAACAGGGAAUUUUGCAUAUAUACAGGCUUGACAGAGAGCGUUUGCAUGUUCAUUGUUCUCCUUUCACUUUGGAUGAAGACAAUUGUUAUAUGGAUUGUUUGCACGCUGGUUGCAUAGUCCCAGAUGGGCCGAAUGGGUUAAGGUAUUCUUUUAGAGAGACAGUAUCGGCUUUCUCAAGCAAUGGAUUUAUACUUAAUGAGACUGGUGGAAGGUUUAGUUCAGCUGAUUGCCAUGCUAUAUGUAUGCAAAACUCUUCUUGUAUUGCCUAUGCUUCUACCAAUCUGGAUGGUACGGGCUGCGAAAUCUGGAAUAUUGAUCCUACCGACAAAAAGUCGUCUUCUCAAGUUGUGGAAAUAUAUAUAUAAGGAGUUGUAGUAAACCAAGGGCACGAAAAGGCGGCAACUUGGCUAGUUGUUGUGGCAUCACUAUUCCUAAUUAUACCUGUGACUUGGUUUAUCAUCUAUCUUGUUCUAAGGAAAUUUAAAGUAAAAGUAAGUGUAAUAUUUCGCGGGAUGUUCUACUUUUUAUGGGGAAAAGUCAUUCCACAAACGAUUGGUUGCAUACGGAGGAGGCUUCCAACACUGAGGGUUGGUUCAACAAUAGACCAAGAAAUGCUACUACGUGAAUUAGGAAUUGAUAGGAGACGCCGAGGCAAGAGAAGUGCAAGGAAGAAUAAUAAUGUAGCCUCCUCUGAUGCAAACAAGCUCGGUGAAGGAGGUUUUGGUCCUGUAUAUAAGGGGAGUUUAAUAGAUGGGGAAGAGGUGGCUAUCAAAAGACUAUCAUUAGCAUCCGGGCAAGGAUUAGUGGAGUUCAAGAACGAAGCAAUGCUUAUUGCAAAACUUCAACACACAAAUCUUGUUCAGUUGCUAGGAUGCUGCAUCGAAAAGGAUGAGAAAAUGUUGGUUUACGAAUACAUGCCCAACAAGAGCCUUGACUACUUCCUCUUUGAUCCCUUGAGGAAAAACAUUUUGGAUUGGACACUGCGGUUCAGGAUCAUGGAAGGGAUAAUUCAAGGGCUUUUGUACCUUCACAAGUACUCGAGAUUGAAAGUGAUACACAGAGACAUCAAAGCCAGCAACAUUUUACUGGACGAGGAUAUGAAUCCCAAAAUAUCCGAUUUUGGAAUGGCUCGGAUAUUUGGAGCGCAAGAAUCCAGAGCUAACACCAAAAGAGUUGCUGGCACAUUUGGAUAUAUGUCUCCGGAGUACUUCAGAGAAGGACUGUUCUCGGCGAAAUCAGAUGUAUUUAGCUUCGGAGUUCUAAUGUUGGAAAUCAUUUGUGGAAGGAAGAACAAUAGCUUCCACCAUGACUCAGAAGGACCUCUGAAUCUCAUAGUUCAUGUGUGGAGUCUGUUUAAAGAGAACCGAGUUCACGAGGUGAUAGAUCCGUCUUUGGGAGAUUCUGCAGUUGAGAACCCUCAAGUGUUGAGAUGUGUUCAAGUUGCUCUGUUGUGUGUACAACAAAACGCAGAAGAUAGACCAAGUAUGUUAGAAGUUGUGUCGAUGAUAUACGGCGACGGCAACAACGCUCUUUCUUUGCCUAACGAGCCAGCUUUCUAUGAUGGUCCUCGGAGAAGCUCUCCGGAGAUGGAGGUUGAACCACCUGAGCUGGAAAAUGUAUCGGCAAAUAGAGUUACCAUCACAGUGAUGGAAGCAAGAUGAGCUAGUGAAUUGCAGAAAACUGAUUGUAUGUGAAUCUCAUAGUUUACUUGAAAGUUUGAAACAUUUUACUUCUAGUUGGAUAAUUCUGACUGAUCUUAUGAGACUCAAAAGUUAUCGUUUUCUCGUUA